CUAAAUUUAGGUUACACCGAGAGAACCAAAGAAGAAGAUGGAGCAGUUUCUGAAGGUGACGAGGGAAGAGUACCACAUAUUCACAGACAAAGACGACGACGACAAGAUGAAGCAGAUCGAGAUCACCCAUGCUGAUCACCUCACUCCGGUGGUGGUUGAUGUGAAGCCUCUUAUGGAACUCAUCAAGGACAUCCUCAAGCUCUCCACCACCACUAUUGCCAAUGGUGGCCCUCGCGAACGUGUCGUGGGGCUAGCUAUGGAAAGCUUGAAGAGGAAGACCUCUCCAUCCAAUUUCGAAGCAUUGGCUAAAGACAUACACAAGAUCUCAUGCAAGAUAUCGUGCAAAUGCACAGGAGGAGAAGAGGAUAAUACAAUGUCGGCACUGAUCGAAACACUGUCGAGCUAUUCCUGGGAUUCCAAGGUAGUUCUGGCCAUGGCAGCCUUUGCCGUCAGCUACGGUGGGUUCUUCUUCUUGGUGGGUGCGAAGAACAAAUCGAAGCCCCUGGAGACGCUGAGGAGCCUUAUCGAGGCCAUGGUUAGCGUGACUGAGUGUGUCGUCAAUUUGAAAAACCUCCCUUCAGGCCACAACUCCCUCGACCAAUCGGUUGUCCAAACUGCUGUUUACUGGACCAUCAGAAGCGUCGUCGCCUGCGUCCCUCACUUCUUCGGCUUCCUUAGCUUGGGUCACGAGUACACUCCAUCGAGAAUUGAGGAUGAGGAGCUGUCCAAACUAUGUAGGAUUCUCAUUGUCAGUCACGACCAAAUCGAUCGUUACCGUCUGUACAUUGAGGAGAACAAAAUAUUUGAAUAUUAUCAUGAGCUUCUGCAACUCUUCUCGAUGAUCCCCACUGAUAAGUUAAAGAUUCUCAAUGCUUUGAUUGAUACCAAAGAUUGUCUAAAGCCACUUGUCCAAGUCUCCUCACAGCAACAUGUUGGCGUUGAAGUGUUAGAGAAGAAAAAUGUGUUACUAUUGAUAUCGCCGUCGUUGUUGGAUGCGAACAAAGAAGAGAUCGGGAUUCUGGUUGAUCUGUACAAGAAUACAAAGCAAGUGUGUCAGUACGAGCUGUUAUGUCUCUCACUAGAGGAGACUACAGAGUCUAAAAGGGAAGAGUUUGAGAAACUGUUGAAUAUGAAGAAGAUGCCGUGGUACUUAUUACACCGUGACCACCAGGUCAUCAACCGGGCAGUGAUUAAGUACAUCAAGGAGGUGUGGCACUUCAACAACAAGCCCAUCCUGGUGGUGCUGGACACACAGGGCAGGGUCAUCACCCAGAAUGCCUUCCCGAAUAUAAGGAUCUGGGGAGGCAUUGAUCUCUCUAUCACCUUGAAGACGGAAGCACAGCUCUGGAGUGAAGCCACUUGGGGCCUCGAACUCUUGUUUCAAACCAUUGAACAAGCCAAAAACAUUCUCCAAUGGAUGAAAAAGGAUAACGAACGGUACAUUUUCCUAUACGGAGGAGAAGACAUCAAUUGGAUAACGAAUUUCACGACGACGGUUCGAGAGGUGGAGAAGAGAACUACCAAUAUCCAAAUCGAGAUGUUAUACCUAGGGACAAGAAACCUAACAAAGCGUGUGAAGGAGAACAUCAAUGUCAUCAGGAGCGGAUACCUGAGCAAUUGGUGGGCAGCAGAAGUGGUAUCUAAAUUCUGGGUCCGGUUAGAGAGCAUGUGGCAUUCUAGGAUGCAGGUGAUCGCCAAGAGCUACUCCAUCGAGGAAGACCACAUAAUGAAGGAGAUCAAGACCAUGCUCACAUACGAUGGUAGCGAGAAAGCUGGGUGGGUGAUGAUUAGUAAGGGAUCCACUAUCAUGGUGAAAGCCAAGGGGGACAUAAUCUUGAACUGCUUCAAGGAGUAUGAUUGUUUGAAGGAAUCCUCUGAACUGAAGGAUUUUAUGGAGGUAGUAAUUGAUUAUGUGCAAAACCAGGAGAGAAACACCAAGCUUCAUUGUAAUCGCCUCAUCUUGCCGGUCACCGUCGGCAAGACUCCGGAGGAGAUGUCCUGUGAGGUUUGUAACUCCACUAUGGAGAAGUUCGUCUUGUAUUGCUGCUGUAAAGAGUAGCUUCUCUCCAUUGGACUCACAACUGUUACCACGCUACUACUACUGCUGCUACUAAGAAGGCGACCAUGCGGCUAGUUUCAACUGUUUUCCUUACUGUUUUCUCCUUUCUAGUGCCCUUGUUGAUUUAAGAACUCUUUUUUUCGCUUAAGGUAAGCAAAUAGAGAAGGUGAUAAUAAGUAGUAUAUGCUAUUUAAUAGUAAUAUUAUGUUA